AUGACUUCUUCUGUUCAAGAUAUAGUCCCUUUACCCCACCCUCCACCACGAACCCUGAAUCACGGCAUAUAUACAGUUGCCUAUGAAAAGCCUUCAGCUCUCAACUGGACCUCGGAUACCCGAGCCUGGAUUGAGCAGUAUUUUGUCUCCUUCACCAACUUCUCCUACGCUCUAAGGCUAUUCAGAGAAAUAUUUCAUCUGGCUCCUGGGCUGGUGAUUGGUCAUGUCUGCGCCACGCUGUGGCUAAGCAUCUCUGAUGCACUACUUCUCUUCUGUUUAGGUUCCAUAUUCAAUUUUGUGACAUGUGUGAACGACACAAUCAAUAGCCGUUUGAAAGCACAUUUUCUUCCGCAACUCAUUGAAGAUUGUUACACAAUAUUUCCCGUGAGGGGCCACUUUCCGUCCGAGGUACCAGGCGCGUCAUUCUUGCAAGGUUUACUUCACAUCGCUCGCACCACGAUUGCCCUGUUGUCCCAAGUGGCUGUCUUGAUGAAUGCGGUACUGCACAAACCCAGUCCGGAGAGAGAGGUAUUGUUUCUAUUCUGCAUUGCUCAUCCGCUCGUCCGGUGGUUGGCACCAUGCAAUGUUACCGGUACCCAAGGAUACAUCUUUUACACACUCAACGUCCCUUUCAAGCGAAUGAAGUCUCUCUAUGACUUAGCAUUCUCACCUCAAUAUCGAGAAGAACUGAUACUCAACGGCGUCGCCAACAGCAUCCCCUCUGAAUACCGGAAGUCGACUGAGGCGCUCGGUGAUGAAAUUGUAACUGAACCAUUUCCCUGGGCAGGUGAUUUGAUCAGAAAGUGGUACUGGGACUUUCUAAUUAAUUUAACCCUCGACCUUCCACUCGUCAUCUAUGCGCUGGCCUUGCCUUGCCGACUUUUGCCUUCUUCUGUGAUGUCAAUUGCGCUGCUGCAACAAGCAACCAAUAGGCUUUCCCUAAGUAUCGGCGAAUAUGGGAUGAAUUCUACGUCAAUGAAGAGCUUGUGCCUACAGGCCAAGUGGCUCUACGACGCUAUCAGUUACAAGAGCAAGAUGUCCAAUGGACCGAUGUCUUAUCCAGAUCUCUCUCAAGGUAGCUCAUCGGAUGGGAUGAAGAUAUCUUUUCGGCAAGUAUCGCUUCGUUACGAGAAAUGCGGUCACAACGCUUUAGACAACGUCACCCUGGACAUUGCUCCCGGUCAGCUUGUUCUUGUUGUCGGUGUCAAUGGCAGCGGAAAAUCUUCGUUGUUGAAGCUCAUCGCGCGUCUCCAAAAUCCUACCGAGGGGGAAAUUCUAAUCGACGAUAAUCCAUUGUCGACAUAUGAUUCCGAUGAUGUACGCGCAUCGAUAGCAUUUUUGCCCCAGCUUCCGCUGUUGUUUCCCAUGUCAGUGAAGGAGAACAUCUGCCUUGGGUUGCCACCCCCGCAAGCAGCCAAAAUGGGCAAUUGCACGAGCUGGAUAACAAAGUUGCAGAACGGAUAUGAUACACAGUUGAAGCCUACGCAUGACAUCGGGAAUGGGUGGGCUGACGGAACUUAUGGCACGAUUUCUGAAAGAUUACGGGACGAAUUGUCGCGUCAUAAACAGCAGACAGUCACAAUCUCAGGUGGUGAAAAGCAACGACUUGCGGCGGCCAGAACAUUUAUGAGGAUUAAUCACACAGAUAUCAAAUUAGUUGUGGUCGAUGAAGCCACGUCGUCUUUGGACGCUAUCACGGAACGCGACAUUCUUUCCAAGUUUCACCACGUCCGCCAAGGAAAGACGAUGAUCCUCGUCACUCACCGCUUCCACCAACUUGCCAAGGAGGCUGAUCAGAUCCUAUGUAUGAAGGAUGGGUCUGUGGUAGAGCGAGGUACACAUGAUCAGCUGAUUGAAGACAAUGGCGAGUACGCGAAGCUGUAUAAUGCGCAAGUCCCCUCGGCGUAA